CCUUUUUCUCUCUUUACUCUUUCACCUAUACAUACAUAUUUCUGUAUGUCUCUAUCAUGUUUUCACUCGUUUAUAGAUGUGGGAUGGUGGGGUUAAGAGGGGUUUGGUUUAUUCCAUAGAUUGGAGGACCUUGAAAAUGCAAGAUUUCAGCAAAUCUUGGACCCCACCAUUGCCUAUUCUAUAGUUUUGCCUAAUUUUUCCAAUAAACCAAACAUGGCUUAUGCACCCCACCCCUUCUUUGAACCCCAUUUAGUUGAAUUUAGCUAAAGAUUUCACCUUUACUCUAUUAUUUUAAGUGUUUGGUUUGGUAUUCUUCUUCUAGAAUCAAGAUUUGUCUAAAAACAGUUAUUUUGUAGUUGGAGGUGAAAGUGGUGGAUGAGGUUUCUUCCAUGUGGGGAUUGGAAGAGCUUAAAGCUUGAUCUGAGUGGUGAAUUUGAAGUGGGGUUUCAUUUUUUUUUGGAGUGCUGGUGGAUUUUGGUCUCUUUGUAUAAAUCGUAUUUAUAUCGCAGAAGGUGAAGGAAGAAAGUUCAUUUACCUGCUUUCUAAUGUAUAAUCACCUUGGAGGUGCAAUAUGGAACGCAGAAACACGGACAAGGAUGGACCUAAUAAAGAAGGUUUAUUGCAGUUUGUGAACAAGGAAGAACAAGCAGAGGAGAAUAGUUGUUUGUCGACAAGAUUAAUAGAAGAGUUAGAACCACAGCACCUACUUAGAUUAGGAAACCCGCGCUUUACAGGAAAUUGCACUCAGAAAUUGUUCUUUCAUAGUUCUCUUGGCUUACAAAAUAAGCUUCCAAAGCAUAUAAUAAGUUUUGACGAAAGAUACUUCCUUCGCUGCCUUGAAUUGGUACACAUACAUUCCACAUGUAACUUCUCUUCAAAGAUGCAAAUUUUAUCAAAGAGUUCAGGUUCAAGAGAGGUUAGAAAUGAAAAUCUCUGCACUAAUGGUAAUCUGGCGAUCGAAUGCCCUCAAACUGUGGGGAUUGAGUCAAGUUAUGUCCCUGACUCCUCCGCGGAGUGGAUUCUUGGUGCAAUAACUGGUAGUAAGAGUAUGCUGAACAUUUUAAAGAGUCCUUUACUUAAUCAAUUUGGAUCUGUUAACUGUACUGUUGAUUCUGGAAAGGAAAAUAUACAUGACAGUGAAGAAGCAAGUUUUUCCGAUUUCAUGAGCUCUCCCGGUGGUUUUAGUGUCAGUUCAGCUCAGAAGCUACAGAAGGAGAUGGCAGAUCAUGCAUAUGGAUCUGAGCAUGUACACAGAAGGGUUCUUUCUGUAUCUAGUACAGCUUCGACAUGCUCGGAUCAAUCUUGUCUUUCAGCGGCUGCUCCUAUUUCUCAAGGAAUGCUCCAGAGGAGAUGGAAAAAUGGUUUACCACAUUAUGUCUUUUCCAUAGAUGGUAAAAAGGAAGUUUAUGUAGCUGAUCUGCUGAAGAUUGACUCACCUGAUGAUAAGUUUCUCGAUUAUGUUUACACAUUUCAUUCAAGACCAGAAGGCAAAAAGGAACGCGCCUUCUCUGCAAGGGAAUCACAACUUGUAGGUAAAAUGACUGUGUCCACUUCAGUGACACUCAGCUCAACCAAGUUGGAGAUUAUGGAGACGCGAUUUGUUGUGUUUGGUUCCAUGGAUCAAUAUAUGGAUGAGAUACAAACAAGUCAUAUCCUCAGGAAGAACAAAAAAUUGGCAAAGAAAGUAACAGAUGUGUUCAGAACUAGUCAGUCUUAUAAGCAGAGAAGCUUAUCCAAGUUCGGGGGAACAAGCGCCAUUCUUGAAGAUGCUUCUUGGACGCCAUCCAUAGAUAUGUAUGAUGAUUAUUAUUCAUGCGGCAAUGCUCUUUUAGAUCAACAGAUUCCGCCAAAUUUUGAGUUGGCUGCCAUUGUUACCAAAGAUCCUCUUAAUGACAGCUCCAAGGAGGCAGAGAAGGGUGGCUGGGGUAUGAAGUUUCUCAAGAAAUCUCCGACUGGAAGUAAAAAUGCACCUCCUGAGAUAUCGGUGGAAUGUCGUUCACGUGGCACCAGUGAAUGCUCAACAAGCACGGAUGUUAUAAUUCCAAGUGGUUUUCACGGUGGACCUAGAAGCAGACAUGCUGGGCCGUCAAGCCUGUUGGAGCGGUGGAGCUCUGGUGGGCACUGUGAUUGUGGAGGCUGGGAUCUCGGGUGCCCCUUCACAGUUCUUAAAACUGGAAAUGAAGCUUCAUCACAAACUACAUCUGGAGACUGUCAAACUUUUGAUCUCUAUAUACAGGGUUCAAAACAAAGUGCACCAGUCAUGAAAAUGUCAAAUAUUCAUGAUGGUUUGUAUUACAUCCAUUUUCAUUCGACUCUGUCAGCUUUGCAGUCUUUUGCCAUAGCUGCUGCUUUCAUUCAUAGACAUAGUCCUUUCCUACGACCGAAACUGUACAGGAAGUGAAGUAAGAUGACACAAAGUAUGGUAUCUGUUGUUAUAGUUCUCUACUUUUAAAAGAAGUCAGACAAAUCGACCAUUAGAAAUGGUUCGAAGAUAUAACAUCUGAUUGUCUCUCAUGUUCAUUAAUUUAUCUUAGCUGACAGAUUAUUAGAUAGGAGGAAAUUCGUUUGUUAGCUCAGAUUAUUAUUUUGUUAGUGUAAUGAAUGAUACAGUUUAGAAGCAGCGGUCAGUGUACAAAUCGUCUAUUGGAUGGGGGGACAUCCAUUUGUACUGUUGAUUAAGUUACUGAAAGUCGAAACACAUUGAUUUUUGA